GUCCAAGUACGACGCUAGCGAAACAUCUCCGGCCUCGCCUCCGCCGCCCGAAAGUAGGGGGGUCCUUUGACUGAUCCUUCAUCAUAUCCCCUUCUCUUUCCCCAAGCCCGUCCUUCUAGUAGAUGUCUUACCGAGAGACAUCCUGUAACCGAUCCCUGUCCUCCGACCUACCUACUACUCAUCAACAAUUAUCAUAAUCAUCAACAUCGAGCAUCGAGCAACAUCACGAUGUCCUCGUCUCGACCCAGCGGACCCCGUCGGAAUACGACAUUAUCGAAAGAUUCGACCUCGUCCUCCAAUCUCGACUCGGCUUUGACCUCGACGAUCGACCCGGAAGACGGAAGUCGACCCGAAGAUCUAGAUCGUCCUCGAUUAGGACGCCGGACCACGAUCAGUAGCACUAGUACUGCUACCACAAAUAAUAAUAGCACUACUACUACUUCAGAUCAGCCAAAUCGACCAGGCUUGGAGAGAGGUUCGAGUUCUGCAUUUAUUGGAGGUUCUCUACAUCGUCCCAGUUUGACUCAGGCUAGAUCGAGGGGAAAGUCCUUUAUCGGUUCGACCUCGCUUCAAGACGAUCUGGUACUCCCUUAUACCACUAUAUCGUCGACGAUCACCUCCGACCUCACUACUACACCCAAGCGUGAAUCAAAGAGUUUAGCUCUGAAUCAGGAGAAGGAUGAGGAUUCGGAUACAUUGCAAGAACGUCUUAUAACGAGAAAUUCUCCGCGCAAUACUCUGAGCCCUUUGAUCUCUGCCUCGACUACGUCUACGGACCCGACUUUAACAACGAAGUUGCCCAGGUCAAGCAAGCUCGGACGAGGAUCUCUAGCUAGACGAGCUUCGUCUUCUUCAUCUCUGUCUACGAUAUCAGCAUUGGCGACAGCACCAACGUUGGCGUUGUCAUCGACAUCAAAGUCGACAUUGGCAUCAAAGGAAGUUCAAACAGGCUCCUCUACGGGGUCGACGAAUUUGCUCUCGCCUCUUCGUGAAGAUAUACAACUUGGGCCCCCAUUAUCGCCUUCAUCUUCGACCUCGCCUUCGAGCUCGAAUCUUAGGGCGAAGAGCAAACCUAGACCUCAUCGGUCGGCUUCGGUUAGGGACGUGCCUGCCAUAUCGAUACAUCUUGAGGGUGUACCGUUGGAAGACGAUCACGAUCACGAUCACGAUAUGGAUCUCCAUCACGAAAACGCUCAAGCUUCGUCUUCCUCGUCAAGCAGGAUGUCCGCACCAUCUUCGUCAUCACAAUCACAAUCACAACCUAAACCUACCGGUCGACGGGGUAACAGGCCGGCUAGCAAGAGCGUCUCUUCCGUCCUCGGUCGACCGUCACAUCUAGCGGGGAUCGCACGGACGAGCACGCAUCAUGCGGAAGGUUCGAACCCGAACUAUACGCCGGAAAGACGAGCUCCGUCGAUCUUGUUGGAUCGGAUAGGCGAGUUUGAAGACGAACGGUAUGCUCAUUUACAGCAACGACGGCCGUCCAGGGACGAGUCGGCUGGGAUUGAGAACAAGUCGAGCGGGUCGAACUCAACGAUUGUUGCAGCGGGAACGACGGUGACUCGGUCGAGGAGCACGAGUAUAGCAAAACACCCGGAAGUGGUCGAUCUGCACGCGAGGCAUUCAAGACCGUAUGACCCGACGUCGAACGAGACUCUGGGCGGGGGGUCUUCUUCGAGUCCCGCGCCGACGAGGUUGGGCUUGACGAGGCGGACUUCGGCGCCGAAUGUUAGGUCGCCCGGGUCAGGCUCCGCGUUGGCUUUGCCAGGAGGGAUGAAGGAUGACAUUUUGCCUACCUUACCUGUCGGACCGGAAGAUGUUGGGGGUACGAACAGUUUGGGGCUGUCAAAGGUCUCUCCAGGUCGGUCCAGGGGGUUCCAACGGUUCUCCCCUUCACCAUCAUUAGAGCCGAGGAUCAUGGAAGAGUCGGGUUCGCAACCCUCUUCCCCUGAACUGGACCUCGACCUGGACGGCCCGCCUCCAGCUAGAGCGCUCGUCCUGAGCCCACCGCCAGGUCGAACGAGCUUGAGCACGAUCGCUAGUACGACCGAAGGUGAAGGGUCGGUGUCGACGGUAGAUCGCACGGCGAGUUAUCCCAUCACGCCCCGCGGGAGCAUCCCCAACGAGGAAGACAACGCCGGCAAUUCCGGGUUCAACGUCAUUGGAGGGGUCAUACAAGGUCUCAGCAAGGCCGUCGGGUUCAACCUCUCCAAGUCGGCGAGGUACUCUUCGGUUUCUCAUCACGACUACGCCGCCGACGAGGACGACAAUGAGACGGACCAACAGAGGCAGACCCGAUCGUGGAUCUCGAUGGGUAAACGGAGAAGCUUGGAAGAUACGGAUUCCGAAAAGGGAUUGAGCCGGGAACCUAGCGACGAUGAGGGGGCGGAUGCGGCUCGAAGUGGCGGCGCGAGGUCAACCCGGACGGGCGGAUCUUCGUCUCGACGGCCCGAUGGAGGCUCGUACUUUUUCCUCGAACCGUACGCAUCGCAAGAGGCGAGCGGAUCAUCACGCGGAGGCGAUACUUUGCCUACGCCAGCGCUAUCACGCGCGUCCCUCUCGGGACUACAAGCUCGACCAGCAGCCGGCCGGACGUCUAGCUCGUUGUUCGAAAGGCGAAGACCGGGAGCUGCAGCGGGUAGCCAUGGGUUCGCGGCAUCGCUCUGGCGGGUCAAGGAUUACCUAGCAGGCACAUCAAACAAGGGUCAGAGUGAGGCCUAUGUCAUGAAACACUCGGGAGGAUUUUCUAGCCCAGAAGCCAAGGCCGAGAGGCUAGCAAGGGGGAGGAGCGAUUCGUUGUUACUCCCUAAACUAGACGCAGACGAUACGGCCGUCGGGAUGAACACGGCGUUCAGGCAGGUUGUGGGGGAGUUGGGGUGGACACUGGGUUUGAUGGGAAUUGUGUUCUUCGCGAGUUUUGGCUUGGUUGCUUUCGGGAUCAAGAGCAUGCCAAUAACCUCGUUACAUUCGCUGCCCAAAAAGGUGUCUGACCUUCAGAUCCUCUCGGCCGAGAUUCGAGCGUACAUGUCGUCGAGCUCACGGGGAUGGUGGCAUACCGUUUGCGUGUUGAUGAUCACGGGGAUGUGGAAACACUCUUGGAGUAUUCCCGGAGCGUUGAUCCUGAACAUCCUCGUCGGCUCGCUCUUGUCGCCUAUUCCCGCGCUCAUCCUCUUGACCGUGAUCACCUCGUUCGGGUCACUCGGAGCAUACAUGCUCUCCCGCCCGCUGGCACCCUUGAUCGCGUUGCUCUUCCCUAAACCGCUGGCCAUCGUUCGAUCCGCCAUCAAGGGCAACGCCGAGCCUGCUCCUUCAAUUGGUCCUUACCAGGCCGUCCGAAAACCCUCGGCUGCUGCAGAGGGUGGGGUUUGGCGACGGCUGCUGAUUAUGCGCGCUAUGGGUCUUGUUCCCUGGAGCGGGAUGAAUGUCGCCUGUGGUGUUGUCGGCGUCAGCUGGUUGACUUUCCUUUUGACGACGGCGGCGGGGAGCGCCAGCUGGAGUUACGUCACAGCUUCGGUCGGUGAUAUUUUGGGGCAAUUGGCUCUGCCCAAAGAUCCUGGCAAUGGGGAUACCGAUCCGAACGCCGGGCAGAGUAUCGCCAGCUUGGUCCAGGACCCAGCAUUGAUCGCUAAGAUGGUGGUGCUAAGUCUGAUCAGCUUGAUCCCGGCAUUGUUCAAGUCGCGAUCGGGCACCAUCGACACCGCACCACCAGCCGAGAUAGAAGCUGAACUCGAAGCGGAAUACCAUCACCCUCAUGUCUCACAGGACGCACAAGCCAUGACCCCUCUUGCACCCACCGCCUCAUGGUGGCAAGUCGUCCACUUCGCGAACUUGCUCAUCAGGAAGACAACUCGGAUAGCGCAUACCGGAUGGAACGCUGUUGCUGGCGAGGCAAGGGACGAAUACCGGCAUUUGCAACCCGCAUCAGAAUAACGACCCCCGUAUAUCGCCCCGAUCCAACCGCGGG